AUGGCGGCCGCGAAGCAGAGCCCGCGGCGCGACCCGCGCGCGCCACGCUCGUCGCCGCAGGCGGUCAUCACCUUGCUCUCCGACGACGAGAGCGAGAGCGAAGUCUCGACGUCGGACUCGGAAGAAGGCAUCGCGCUCCCCGGCGGACGACGGCGGCAGCGGAGUAGGAUGCCGCGAACGACGACGACGACGACGACGACGACGGAGGACGGCGGCGCCGGCGCGGGCGCGACGACGAAGCGCAAGCUGACGCCGCGCGGGAAGCUCGCGAAGGGGAAGAAGAGCAAGACGAAGGGCGUCUUCAAGAAGGUCGUCAGCACGGCGUCGCCCGCGGCGAAGCGGACGGGCGCGCCGAGCGCGAAUCGUCGCGACGACGACGACGACGACGAGAACGACGUUUUCGCGUCGGACGACGACGACGACGACGCCGACGACGCGCCCGCGGUCCUGCAGCACGUCGUGCGCUACUCCUCGAUCGACCAGCCCGAGAACCGAACGAAAGUCAGUCGACUCCACCUGGAGUGGGCGGAAGGGGACGUCGAGCAUCUCGAGGUGGGCGACUUCGUGGAGGUGCCAAAUCUCAACGAGGACGAGUACGACGCCGACAGGAGGGGCGCGUCCUCGUCCGGCGGCGCGAUUCCAACGAAGGUCUCCGUCGCGCUCGUGCGCGAUAUCAUCGAGACGAAGAAACGCGGCGUGGAGAUCAAGGUGUCGUGGCUGUACGAUAAGCAGGACGUCGACGAUUGCGUCGGGAGAGGGCGCUGGGUCCCGACGCGCGCCGUCAAGCGAAACGAGCGGUUUUACCACCACAAAACCGUGGACGCCAUCUCCCCGGAGACGAUCACCGCGAAAGCCGCGGUGUACUUCGUCGCCGACCGCGCGAACGCGCUCAAGUACGGCUCCUCGAGCGGCGCGAAGAAGUGGUACUUCGUGCACGAGGUCGUGGAGUUCACCAAGACGCCGAGCGGACACAACGCGGUGAAGUUUCAUCCGAUCACCGACACGGAUUUCGAGCCGGAGUUGAGGCGGCUGCUGCGAAAGCUGUGCCCGGCGGCGGCGCCGACGGCCGCGGCGGCGCUCGCGGCGUCGCCGCCGUCCGCGCCGUCGACGAACGCGUACGAGCGAGAGCGCGAGGAGAACAUCCGACGAAACCGGGAAGCGCUCGAGGCGCUGCGCGCGAAGAAGCGCGCGUCGUCGCCGUCUCCCCCUUUGCGGACGAACAGCUCGACGGUCGAGGACGACGACGGCGGCGGCGGCGGAUUGGCUGACGUGGCGGCUGACGUGGCGUCCAACCCGAAGCCGUCGACGUCGUCCGACGCGGCGAGAAAAGCCGCGGACGGGUUCAUCGCCGACGAGUGCCCGGUCGACGAGUUCGUCGCCCCCGAGUGGGACGCGUGGGUCCGCUCCACCGCGGCGGCGGAGGCGGCGAGCAAGAAGAAAGCCGCGGAGGAAGCCGCGGCGGCGGCGGACGACGCGGCAUCCGACGACCCUCUCCUCGCGACGACGACGACGACGUUCGCGCCAUACGGCGACGUCGCGGAAGGAAGCACGCGGCCGGUCGCGCUCGGGAAGCUCCAGGACGCGCUCGCGCGCGCGGUCGGCGUGGACCUCGCCGCGGCCAGAGACGUCGUCCGCCGCGCCGCGCGCGUCGAGGCGGCGCUCUUCCAUCAGGCGCGUUCACGUUUACACUGGUCCCCAUACGACCGCGUUCGGGUUGUGAACGCCGAUCCUUGA